AUGGAGUCGGAGGUGCGGAACCUGCGCCAGGAGGUAGCCCGCGCCCAGGACUCGCUGCGCGCGUCGACGAAGCGCUGCCGCGAGCUAUCCCGCGAACUCGACAGCCAGAGCGCGAAACGCGAACGCGAGCGCUCCCUGAGGGACCAGCAGCUGUCGCGCAUCAUAAGGGCCCUGCUGGUGCUCGAGUCGCGGCUCAAGCAGGAGCAAAAAACCAUCAGGGCCCUGCUCGGCGAGAAGGACGCGAUCAUCCGGAACCAACAGCUCGAGAUCGCCAGGCUGAGCAGCCGGUGGGCGAACAAUUGCCCGAGCAAGGAUUACAGUUGCGGCAAACUCGAGGCCACGAGUAUCGGUAAUCUCGCGUCUCUCGACCCCUCGGAUUUCCAGGUACUUUGCUUCGCUCCCUCCACAAACACCACCGCUGGCCUGAGCAAGGACAUCCAGAAGCUCAAGUGCGAGAUAAUGACGAAGCUGAGCGACGAGGACGGGGCGUGCGCGAGCAACAUACGCAAGACGCACAGUUUUGCGGGUAGCGACAUAUCGAAGGCGAGCCUGACGUCGAGCGAGAACACGGACGCAUCGAUAAUCACGACGACGACCGAGGGGAGUCCGUCGUUGUUGAGCACCGAGGGCUUUUGCGAGGGCGAGUCGACGGACGUGUCGCCCGGUUCCACCUUGAACAAGUCGUCGAGCCGUUGUACGCCGACCAUCGUGACGACCGACAGCGAGAACGAGGUCAAGAUGAUGGACGAGAAGCCUGGCAACGCAAAGAUGGCCAGGUCGGAGAGCAAGGACGACGGCUUGGACUGCAAUUACGUGUCGGGGGACGACGACGAGCCCUUGUACGAGAACAACGCGAGGAAUCUCCGGAACGAGACGACCUUGGCCGGAAACGAAUGCGGCAACAACAACAACAACAGGACGAUAGGGAGGACGGGGCAUCUCGACGAGUCGCCGUCGGUCAACUGGUACAGCGACCCGGACGAGGACCGGCUGCCCAACGACGAGAUACUGCGACACAGCGUGUACAGGCCGAACGGGAACCACAACAGCGUCCUCGAGAGCGUCAACCAGAUACUGUUGCGCGACAUGGAGGACGAGGAGAACAACGUGAUGUCGGCACCACGGAGGUUCAAGCACAGGGGCAAGAUCGUCAGGUUCCAGCCGGCUAGACUGUCGGACAUUGAGUCCGUGGGCUCGGAAAUGGAGAGGCGGAACUCCGAGGAACCUGGACAGACUGUCACCGCGGUACCAGCUACCAUUACCACGGACGAGGGGGACAUGAAGGAGGGGGACAAUGAGGAGGCGCCAUCGAUAGACGGCUUCGACGCGUCCAUCUCCGAGAACGAGUACGGCGUGAGGAUUCUGCCAACCGUGGGUCCAGAGUCGGGACUCGAGGAGGACGUGGACGAGAGCAAGGCUCGGCCGAUCGUCAUCAUAGAGCCUGUUGUCAAAGUCGAGGAGCUGCGCAAGAGUCCUGCCGACUUGUUGCGGCCUCUACCAACGGAGACAGGCAGACAUCUGCCGAAUCAACUGCGCCUGGAGAAGCUCGUCGAGAAGACGUGCCUGCAAUUCCCAAAAAUGGGUUUGUCGAUAGCCAAGAACAACCUCGACUACGAGGAGAUCGAGUCCCUGCCGGAAAUGAUAAUUCCCCCCACGGCGCCCAAGCUGCCCCCGGCGCUACCCCCGAAGCCCCAGUUCCACAACACGCUGAUCCUCAAGAAAAUCCCGAGCCCGUCUUUUCUCAUCGACGAGACGACGGCGCGCAAGAAACACCAGAACAACAACAACAGCGAUCUCGGCAAGAUCGCCAGCGGCAACAAGUCCCUUCCCGUAACGACGACGAUAGCGCGCAGCCUCAAGUUUGACGGCAUCGUCCCUGCCAGAAGGACCAGCGACCCAACCAACAACAACAGCAGCGAGUCCACGAGUUUCUGGAAGAACCGCUUCAACAACGUGCGCUCGUCCUUCCAGAUACGCCAGCAGCAGCCCGAGGUCUCGCCCAGGGGGUCGCCCGAACCGACCUCCCGGCCCCUGCCCAAGGUCACAAACAUCGUCAAGCAGUUCGAGGAGUUUAAGAUCGAAGGCGACAACGGCCGGGAACAAGGCGAGGCGCCAAAGAAGCCAUCGAUGCCCCUAGUGGCCGAGAACGAGCUGGGGGACAUCAAGGAGAACUUUGAGGAGUUCAACCUGGACGAGUGCGACCUGUCGGACGAGCUGGACCGGGUGGAGACCGACGGCUCCAAGACCUACGUUGCCCAACUGGUCAACGUCAUUGUCGCCAGCCCAGACAGUAGCGCCGAGACCAACAACAACAACAACAACAACAACAACAACGACGACGACGGCAACAGUACCGCUGCCACGACGGAUAUUUCGCAGCAGGUGAACAACGGCAACGUCGGCAAUUACGACAGCUUUCUCGAGGCCACGGGCCUCAGUACCAAGUCGAUCCUGACGCCCUCGCGGCUGCUGAGCAACCACAAGAGUAUGCUCAAGCCCAAGGACGUCAAGUACAAGAGUAAGAUCAAGGCGAGCGCCGUUAUGGAGAGGCACGGCAUUACCAUGAGUACCCCUGGCGCGGUGGGCUCGACUCCGUCGACGACGACGUUAACGAAGCACUGGACCGGGCCGUUCGUUUGACGACUGGCCGAGCGUGUCGUGUCUCGUAGCGCGCUUCGGUGGGCCUCCUCCUCCUCCUCCUCUACGCGGGGAGGGGGCCGAGGUUGACCAGCUGUAAGGGCAAAGUUACUACACCAGGACCACAUGCGUGUCGUCAAGUGUAUUAAAUGUGUGAUGAACGAUACCUAAUCGUAUUUUUAUAAAUCGUCGGUUGUAAAUAGCUUUUUUUUUUUUUUCUUCUCUCUCCACUUUUGCAGACAUAAUUAUCAUCGUACUUAGUCGACAGUGCGAAUGUCAUUUCGUUGUAUUGUUGCGUGUGUGUCCUAAUGCGCGCAAAUUAAAUAGUCAUCGUUCCCGACCGAACGUUUCCGCGAAACUGUAAUUUAUUUCAAUCGCUGUGUGGGAGUACUUGUAAAUUAAAUAAUUAGUCGCGUGCGCUUCGAAAGUGUAGGUGCAAUCAUAAACCAAUUGUCACCAUUGCAUAUUCCUUGGGCAGACUUUGUCGUAUGCAAUAGAAAAUUCGAAUGAUGUAAAUAACACAAGUCGAGGAAGCAGUGAUUAAUAAUGUGCAAAUACAUAUGUAUGUGAAUUAUUUUGUGAUUGUGUUUUGCAAUGAGCGUAAAAAUGAAAAUAUAAAUGCGUUAUUCGUUAUGGCGUUGUAGUUUUUCAUAAUAUUUUGUACAAUUGUUGGAUAAAAGAUUUUUAACAAGUUACGUGUGAUGUUACACGUAUAUCACUUGCACCGAUAAUUCAGCUGCAUGUAAAAUGUUACUCGUGUAAAUAUAGCUUUAAAAAAAGUACAAGUUAAAAAAAAAUGAA